AGUGCGCCUUGUUUCCAUUAUGACGUUGCCUAGUCCAUGGGCUCCUGGUUUGUUUGGCACUCCCUAGUUUUGGGUCUUCGAGCCGGCGAGUAGAAGCGAGCCCCGAAGAAGCUAUGGCCGAAGAGGCCCAAGAAACCGCCCGGCCACCCGAGCACGACGGGCUUCUCCAACAAGAGCGGGCUGAGUACCUCAAAAUCAAACAGCAGAUGGAGAUGGAGUUCAACCAGAAGCGAGCCAAGUUUAAGGAGCUUUAUUUGUCCAAAGAAGAGGAGCUGAAGCGUCAGGUGGCGUCUCUGGAAAGCGCCCAGGCAGAGCUGAGCCGCGUGCAGACCCAGCUGGCCGACGCCAAAGCCGAGAUGGAGAACAUCAAAGCCGUGGCCACGGUCUCAGAGAACACCAAGCAGGAGGCCAUCGACCAGGUCAAGCAGCAGUGGCAGGAGGAGGUGGCAUCCUUACAGGCUAUCAUGAAAGACACACUGCGGGAAUACGAGGUGCAAUUCCACCAGAGACUGGAGCAGGAGCGAGCGCAGUGGGCGCAGUACCGCGAAGGGGUCGAGCGAGAGCUGGCCGAACUGCGGCGCCGUCUCUCGGAGGGCCAGGUGGAGGAGAACCUGGAGAACGACAUGAAGAAGGCCCAAGAGGACGCUGAGAAACUGCGAUCUGUGGUGAUGCCAAUGGAGCAUGAAAUCGCCGCUCUGAAGGCCAAACUGACGAGCACAGAAGAGCGGGUUAAGGAACUUGAGGCGGCUAAGGUGAAGGAGCUCAACCACGUCCUCGAGGCCGAAAAGUCGUGCCGGACCGAUUUGGAGAUGUACGUCGCCGUCCUCAACACUCAGAAAUCUGUCCUCCAGGAGGACACCGAGAAACUACGGAAAGAGCUCCACGAAGUGUGUCACAUGUUAGAACUAGAGCGCCAGCAGCACAACCAGCUGAAGCACACUUGGCAACGCGCCAACGACCAGUUCCUCGAGUCGCAGCGGCUGCUGAUGCGAGACAUGCAACGCAUUGAGAGCGUCUUGAGCUCCGAACAGCUGCGCCAGGUCGAGGAGAUGAAGAGGAGGGACCAGGAAGAGGAUGAGAAGGAGCGGUUCAGUCAGGCUCAGGAAGCUGGCGAGGACGAUGGAGCAGACCCUACAGAGGCGGUUGAGGAUUCUUUCUUCGGCCUUUCUAUAGAGGAAUCUCACCUGAACCACAGCAUCCACAGUUCUAUACACUCGCUGGACGAGGACGGGACGGACUCGUGCGACAAUUGUAGAGACGGCCUCCGUCGCGUCCAAUCCACCGACAGCCUGGGCUCGUCCGGAAAUGCGCUGCAACCCCAAGGACUCAACCACAAAGCCAAAUCAGCCAGCAACCUGGACGAGUCAGAGUUUGGCCCGCUGGUCGGGGCCGAGUACAACCCCUCCGUCGCGCCCUCUAUUGGCUCCCUGCCUUUUCUUCUCACCAAGGACCAGGAGAAGGCCAUCAAGGCCAUGACUCCCGAGCAGGAGGAGACGGCGUCACUGCUCUCGAGCAUCUCACAGCGGCUCGACGCCACGUACCUGCCUCCGGCUGGCUACCGGUUGGUCAGCGACUCGGAAUGGAACCUGCUUCAGCAGGAGCUGAAGAACGCAGGGAGGAAGUUGGGCCGGCGUUGUGACAUGUGCUCCAAUUAUGAGAAGCAGCUGCAGGUCAUUCAGGGGCAGGAGGCGGAGACACGAGACCAGGUAAAGAAGCUGCAGGUCAUGCUCCGGCAGGCGAACGAUCAGCUGGAGAGGACGAUGAUCGAGAAGCAGUUGUAUGAAGAUGCAGUGAAGCAGGGCCAUGAAGAAACUAACACUAAGGUCUCGGCGCUGAUGCAGAAAGUCCAGGAGUCGGAGUCGAUGCUGAGCGAGCUCCAACAAGCCUUCAGCCAGGCCAAGAGGAACACCCAGGAACAGAUGGCCGUGUUGCUCAAGUCCAGGGAACAGGUGGCUGAAGAGCUGAGCAGGCUGCAGAGAGACAACGAUAGUCUCCAGGGCAAACACAGACUACACCUGACGCUCCAGCAGGAGGAGAACUUCCAGAUGCCCACAACCACCCAGGAGCUCCAGACUCUGGUGGUGCAGUACCGUGAGGACAUUAUCUCAGUGCACACGGCGUCCGAGCAACUGGAAGAGAAGCUGAAAGCCGAGAUCUUGUUCCUGAAGGAUCAGAUCCAAGCAGAGCAGUGUCUCAAAGAGAACCUGGAGGACACACUACAGCUGGAGAUCGAGGGCUGCAAAGAGGAGAUAGACAUCCUGGAAGCGUCUUUCUCCAGCCUGAAGACGGAGUUGGAGCGAGUUAAGACGGAAAAAGAGCAGCUAGAGAGCAGCCUGGCGGAGAAGAGCCAAGCGUUCGAGAAGGUCCAGAGUCUUAAAAACAGCAUGGAGGAACAGCUCAAAGACGCAGUCUCCAGCAAGACUGCCCUGGAGACUCAAAUGUUUGAAGAGAAGGACAAAGCACAGAGACUACAGACAGAGCUAGAUGUCAGCGAGCAGGUCCAGAGAGACUUCGUCAAGCUUUCACAGACUCUCCAGGUCCAGUUGGAGCGAAUCCGGCAGGCGGACUCUUUAGAGCGGAUCCGCGCCAUCCUCAACGACACCAACCUGACAGACAUCAGCCAGCUUCCUGAGACAUGAUACCAUCUCUCUCUCUCUCUCAUUAUCCCACAUCCUUUUGUCUCUCCCUUUCUUGACACACACACACACACACACACACACACACACUUUCUUUCCUAGGUUUCUUUCAGCACCUCACUUUACACACACACACACACACACACACACACGUCUCCUCCAGGACACUCUAGAAAAUGAAAGAGAAUAUGGCUGACACGUGACCGAACACUACGACUCUUUACUACUACGCUGACUAAAUGUGAAACGUCUGUAUGUGUGUGUCUUUCCCAUCAUGCUUCACUUCUCCGAUACCAUCCGCUGAGCCUAAAAGACGGGGAUUUAUGAAGGAUCUGCUAGUCGUGUUUGUACAUACCUGUGUAUACAGAAUUAUAUGUAUAUUGCAUUAAGUUAAUUUGGCCGCGUGCGCGCCUUUCGUUUGCACUCCUGCGUCCGUGACUCAUUUCAUGAUUCUAACCCGUGCGGUGUCAGUAUUCCUCCCUUUCUUUCGUUUUUUUCCAGACAAAUCGAGGACCUCCAGCUCACAAUCAAUUGUAUUUUUUUUUGGGCUGGGGGUCUGAUGACGUUUAAUUUUCCAUACUUUCGAUAGUUUUCCCGAACAACACGUCAGAACCCGGCGAUUCACGACAAACCGAGAUCGGACACGAGGACACUACGCAUGUAGAAGCUGCUACGUUUAGCGAAGCGCAUCCCGCGUUCGUUACUACAGGAAUUCCGACGCAAAAGCAUGUGGUUGUGAUCGGACUAGAAAACAACAUACAGCAAAUCACUUUGGGGGGAACAAAUCAGAACUCGGACAUGCUAAAAAAAUUUACAACGUAGCCAAAAGUUUUGGGACACCCGACUUUUACACGUUUUUUUUUUUUUCCUUUCUUUCAAAAUGUUAUCCAUUGUGUUAGAUGUCUUUGAGUAUGGAGUACGGAAUUUUCCUUCGAAUUAAACCAGGAGAACCAAACCUGCUCGAGCAUGGCAAUGCAUAAAGCCCAGCUCCAUGAGGAUAUGCUUUACAUUGGAUAAAGAUCUUAACUGGCCUAGAAUUGAAAUCCCAACAUCACCCCAUGCCUCCUCACAUCACCUACGUCGGUACAUUUACUAACGCCCCCUUGUGGCCAAAUGAACCACAAAUCUCCACAAACACCCUCCAAAAUCUAGUGAAACAUCUUCCCAGAAGAGUGAAGGAAAUCACAAAGACUCGAAUUUGGAAUGCGAUGUUUAAAAAGCACAUAUGUUCAGGUGUCCACACAGGUUUUGUCCUAAUUUCUUGAAGGUUAGUGGAAAUUUUGACAAGCGCAUGCUGCAGCUCGAACAUAGAGAGGACUUUUAUCUAUAUACAUCGAUCAGGUAUAACUAUGACAUUAUACCAUAAGUGGUGAAGAACAAUGGGAGAUAUUAGGCUGCAAGGGAACAUUUUAUCCUCAAAGUUGACGUGUUCGAAGCAGGAAAAAUGGGCGAGCGCAAGGAUUCGCGUGACGUCUGGGUCAGAGCAUCUCCAAAACUGCAGCUCCUGUGUGAGGUUUCCAGUCUGCAGUGGUCAGUAUCUUAUCAAAAGUGCUUCAAGGAAGGAACAGUGGUGAACCAGCGACCGAGGCUCACUGAUGCUUUACUACUGUAGCUGAAGUUGUAGUUAAUGCAGGACUGUUUCAGCAGCAAAUGUGGACCAACACAAUAUUAAGCAAGUGGUCAUAAUAUCAUGCCGGAUCGAUGUACAUCCAAAUGUUCUGGUUUUCUAAACCGGGUCAUGUGGUCAUUUCUGAUUGAAUCACAAUGUUGAAAUCGGAGUUACAGGCAGCCGUGUUUCCAUUGUAGUGUGGCAACACGUUUCUUUCCCACCGUUUUAGAUCUUUUCCUCACACCUCCAAACACAGUCCGUAAUUAUUCCUUCAUGAAAUUACAUUGUCCUUCAAAAUGCACUUCAAAGUGUGGGAUUUUUUUGGUUUGUUUUUAAAUCAUUAUUCUAUAUACAGUUCUACAUUCACACAAACUGGAUUUUUGCUGCUUCCUCGUUUUUAUCAAUGCCGAAAUGCGGUCCGUCUACUGUCUAACUACCUUCAGAAUCAUUUCCUGAAGUUCUAAACGACACAAUGCUAUCAUGUGUGGAUUACAAUCGAGUGCCGAGACCAUGUUUCCUCUAAUCUUUGUGGAAAAAUAAGGGGAGGGGGGGGGACACACCUACGUAGACAAUUAACAGUUUUGUUCUGUUCUCGCAUGAAAGAUUUAUAUACUGUACCGUGUACAUAUCUCUGUACAUAUCUAAUAAACCAAACUACUUAAAGCACA